UGUAUGGUAUCCUAGGGAGGGGAUAGGAAGAAAGUGCUCAACAUCCACAGCAAAAGGGAUAAGGCAUACAUUUAACAAAGGGUGAAAAACAUCGACAGUGUGCGUGUACGGUCCUCCCUGCCAAGGAGGGAGAGGCACCAGGGACCAUGAGUGAGAAUGGCCCUCAUACGGAGGCGCCUAUGUACUUUGAGGUCGAGGUGGAUCACCUGGAGCGGGACGAUGAAGAAGAAGACGACAAGAUCCACUUUGACAAAGACGAUGACCUGAUCGCUGAGCCUUCGUCGUCCACCGGUCGGGUGUACGACCGCACCACGGUGCUCAUUGAGCGGGACCCCAUCCGUCUGGAUGAGGAGGGUGAAGAGGAGGGUCACUGUGGAGGGGAUGAAGACGGAGUCACCUUCCUGACCGAAGGGGAGGGCGAUGGAGACGAGGAGGAGGGCUCGCUUACCUUUAUGGCAGACCCUGAUGGGAUGUCACAGGGUUAUGUGCAUCACACGAUUUCUCCAGACCAGAUCCAGUUCACAAUAAACCCAGGCUCCACCCCCAUGCCACGCAACAUAGAGGGGGCUACGCUUACCCUGCACUCUGAGUGCCCAGAGACCAAGCAGAGAGAGGUGAAGCGCUACCAGUGCACAUUUGAAGGCUGCACAAGGACGUACAGCACGGCAGGAAACCUGCGGACACACCAGAAGACACACCGGGGCGAGUACACAUUCGUGUGUAAUCAGCAGGGCUGUGGAAAGGCCUUCCUCACCUCGUACAGCCUCAAAAUCCACGUGCGUGUCCACACCAAGGAGAAGCCGUUUGAGUGUGACGUGCAAGGCUGUGAAAAGGCCUUCAACACGCUGUACAGACUAAAAGCACACCAGAGACUUCACACAGGCAAGACGUUCAACUGCGAAUCGGAGGGAUGCACAAAGUACUUUACCACACUCAGCGAUCUGAGGAAGCACAUUCGCACACACACCGGGGAGAAACCAUUCCGGUGUGACCAUGAUGGCUGUGGCAAAGCCUUUGCUGCAAGUCACCACCUAAAAACACAUGUACGGACACACACAGGGGAGAAGCCAUUCAACUGUCCCAGUGAUGGCUGUGAGAAGACUUUUAGCAGCCAGUACAGUUUGAAGAGUCACAUCCGGGGCCACGACAAAGGACAGCCCUUCAGCGUCACCCUCACCCAUCCGCUCUCUGAAGAUGCAAAUCACUCGCUGUGCCUCAGUGACUUGAGCCUGAUCUCUACAGACUCCGAGCUACGAGAGAACAUUCAUAAUGCUCAAAAUAUGGACCUCAACAACGUGACCCCAGUGAAAAUAUUUGAGCUCAUGUUCCAGAGUCCUGAAAAUAGUGUCAGCCAAGAUGAUGCCCAUCCCAGCGAGAGCCUUGCGGAACACUUCAGCCUAGAGGCCUCCACCCAACUGGGAGUGACUGAUGCUUCGCCUCUCAUCUCUUUCUCUAUCAGUCCUACCUCCUCAUCUUCCUGUUCCCACACCGCUGCAGUCAUGGAGGCUUCUUCCCAGCUCAGUAAGAGCUCUUCCUCUCAGGCCUCCACCCCUGCCUCUGUCACUGCUACUGUCAGCUCCACCCAGCCUCCCCCUUUCAUGCAGUUAAGUGGGCCUCAGCAGAUUUCCGAUCCUCAGGCGUCUGUCCAGCCACCAAACCACGUCACCCCUCAGCACUAUGUGGCACUGCCACCCACAUUCCUACAGCCAGACAGUGCUACACAGACCACUCCUUUACCACCACCCAUGUCUGCUCCACCUUCAGUGGCUUCUGCACUGACCACCACAGCGCCAGGCCACGCUGCUGCUGCUGCUGCUGUCGUUGCAGCUACCACAACAGAUGCUCUAGCUGCUGUGGCUCAACCUGUGCCUUUGGCCAACAACUCUGUCCCAAACUCUGGCCCCGGUCUGGCUACCACCCCUGCCACCAUCACCAUAGCGCCCAACCAGAACCUACUGCCGCCCGGCUUAGUCAUGUCUGACCAGAACCUCCAGUGGAUCCUCAGCAGUGCUGCCAACAACCAGCAAGCAGAGCAAGCACCGCAUCAAGGAGCUCCAAAAGUGGAAAAGGUUUUCUUCACUACAGCCAUACCAGUGGGGGGGAAUGCUGGCAACUCGGUCCAACAGAUCGGCCUCAGCCUGCCAGUCAUCAUCAUCAAACAGGAGGAAUCCUGCCAGUGCCAGUGUGCCUGCAGGGACUCUGCUAAAGAAAAAAGUGCAAAGAGUGCCUCCUCCUCCUCCUCCUCUGUCGUCUCAGCCCCAGCACAGCAGCCACCACCAGACCCCCCUCCCCCACCACCACCAUCAGAGCCUCCACACCAUCCAACGUCACCUUCCUCAUGCUGCCUCCCCAAGUCUUCCUCCAAGGCGGGUGAGGUGAGGCUGGAGGCCCCCCCCUCUUCUUCUACUACUUCUACUUCUUCGUCUACUUCCUCCUCCUCCUCCUCCACAGCUCAGACUUACUCCACGAUCGUGAGCAGCACUGCCACAAACCCGUCGUCAUCCGACGGGUUAGCCAGCAUGGACGUCUCAGACUUCCUCUCCCUGCAGAGCCCUGAGACGGCUGCCAACAUCGAGGCUCUGCUGCUGGUCGCAGACGACUUCAACAUGGCCACCGACGGCACUCCUUAGAAGAACUGCUUUCCGAGUCUGGCACCAUGUGUUUGUCUCGUCGCACCCACUCAUCCACAAGCAUAGAGUCCACCUACACCUUGAGUCAUUCUCCAAAGUGAUGCCUCUUCCUUCACCCUAUAUAGUGUGUGCAUCUAAACCACCUGUACCUGCAGUGCAUUCUGUCCUAUAUGGUACCGCCGUGCAGCAUAUAUAUACAAACUAUGAAUAACGUUUCUGUUGAGUCUCAUUGCAGUAGUUGAGUUUUUAGAAGACAGGAUUAGUUUGCGUAUCGAGAUUUAGCAACUUUAAUUAAUGCAGGGAAAAGGCAGUAGAUCCUUUUGUUAAAAACAAACAAAAAAACUGUAUAUAGUAAUCCUCGAGAUAUCCACUCUGAACCGAUUGAAACAAGCGAGUGUUGUCCAAGCACUGAUCAUUUUAGAGUUCCAUUCUCCUGACUGGGAGGCGACACGCCUCAGCAGGAAAUCUAAACUCUUCUGUAUAUCCUCGUACUGUACUACAGGUCCUAACAAAUUCUUAAAGCUGGUAUGCAACUGACUAGAAUGCACUGUAUAUUAGAGGAAUUUGCUAUAAUUUUACUCAAGCAUUGCUCUCAGCAGGAGUUUAGGGGCUGACCACACAGCCCUCCCCCCAUAUGGCUGAUAUGUAAUAUGAAGUGAUUUCCUCAGUUUUUUUAUUUUUUUUAUUUUGUUUGAUUGUUUUUUGGGGGUUUUUUAGAAAAACUAGUCCAUAAAAUGUGAUGAUUCUUUUCUAUUUGUUCGGACAGUCAUUUACUAAUUGAGAGAAGAACCUGUGAUCAGAUCUGCCUGUCUCUUUAAAUGACAUCAAUACGUUGCCUAUAACUUAAACUAACUUAAAAUUGUACAUGUUAAUUUAUUUAAAUGCUUGAUUCUUUCAUUUUUACUGGUAAUACUAUUAUCGUCAAGAUAGCAGAAAGAAAAAAAAAAGUUUAUUAAUUUAUUCCAAUCAUUUGUUGUAUUUUUUUAAGUUGAGCUGUUUUUUUUUUGUUUUUUUUCGUUACUGAAUUGUUUUCCUUUUUAAGAACGUAAUGGGUUUUACUAAAAGCAAGGUCGAGAACAGAGCCAGCUCUAGUAGACUGCACAGUGAAGCAAAUUAUCUUCUAGGAUCUACUUGUUUGCGAAGAUUGUCCACGAUUAAACAGUAAGGAACUACUGUCAACAUCCCACAGGUUUUUUUUUUUUUUUUAGGGUUGUGACCCUCUCAGGGAUGCAUCAAGUCAUGACUGAUCCUGGUUCCCCUAAUUUGUUACUCAGACAUGCGUUUUUUUUUUUUUUUCCUCACCAGAUGUCCCACACUUGCAGUAGCCCUACGUUUUUUGCUGCACUCUUCCCUGUUUAUUGCACACUAACUUGUAAAAGCGAGUAAUCCGACAGCUUGUUAGCUGAGGUGCAGCACCACUACAGACUUUUUUUGUAUACAACUGCUGUAAAGUAGCAUUUAAAAAGACGGUGUCCUGGCGACAGUGUAAAUAUAGUACAUUUUAGUGUAAACAUGUUUGAGAAACUUGUAGAUUAUUCUAGAAUUUGUAUUUUUGUAUAGAUUUUUGAAUUACUAACUCUCAGAGUUCGGAGCUAAUGUAUACCCUCUUAUCCUUUCAUUCUUCCGCCUGUCACGUUUAUGCAGAAGAGGUUUUUUUUUUGUUUUUUUUUGCCGUGUUUAGUCGAAUAGUUCUACAAGCAGCUGUGCUUCUGUACAGUCCCUAUAGUAACGACAUGUAUGUAACACAUAGCCUCCUGCUCAGAGUAUAAUUUAACAGUAUUGUUAUCACACGGGACACAAUGCAAUGAUGACAGAGCAAAGGCACGACGCCCUGUAAAUUAGAGUGUAGAGCUACUUGGCCUUACAACACAAACUGUUCUGUGAGCCUCUUUGCCUUGACGCUCUCCGACAUGUCGACACACUCAUCUCCACUGACUCUCAGGCGAUCAUUUCCAGCAGCAGAUCACACUGAGGCUAAAGCGCUGAAAACGUCGUGUUGUUUUACCGCUGUCAUGUUUGGAAAGUCCUUAAUAGAUAUGCAGCGUUGCUAAAAGAAAAUACAUAUGAUCAACUACAUCACACAUGAUGUGAUUCUGCAUUUUAAUUCCAGGUUGUAGGAUCAAACCAAACAGACAACCACUUUUUUUUUUUUGUCUUUUUGCCAUAAUUUAGGAGGAGAGCUUUCCCUCGAGUCACAGGUGCCCAGAGCGCGGUAGAUAAAUUGCAAGAGGCUCCUGUUGCACAUUUUGUGUUUGAAACCAUUCCACGUAUGCAGUAUUUGACAUCUGGAGCGUCUACGUCAGAAGUUGGCUCUAUUUGGAUUAGAAAAAUGUAACGUAGUGUCCCUGUUAAAAUACUGCCAGGAGUCAGGCAUGUACAUCACGACACAUUCUCAUACAUGCAUACUGUCGAUGAACACAACUAUGCAAUUUUAAGGUGUGGCAUUCACAAGUUUAAAUACUAACUCCAUCUGAGAAAGUUUAUUAACGCCUCGCUCCAUGAAAUUAUAUUCUGCUUACAACUUGUACGCCGGACUCCAGCGGCAAGAGUGUGCAUUUCCACUGCAUUGAUUUUGAAGCAUGCUUCUUGGACUUCAGUAUAUUUCAUUAUUUGCACUGGAGUGGUUGAAUCCAGACUCUGUAGUGCGACCAUCAAGUACUGUUCCCAUGAAUGUUGCUCUACAGUUAUUCUUUCACAUGCCUCUGAGGUUUUAAAUCCAACUGAAUCUGUACUGAGGGAGUACGUUGGCGAAUGAAUGGUUCUGUUUUAAGAAUUUCUUUGGUCAAAUGUACACAGCAUUUCCUUUUUUUUUUUUUUGUGGUGGACAUGUUUCGUUGAGCUCACUCCAUUGAUGUAAUUCAUCUCAGCCUUUCACAUACUUAAAAGUUGACUUUCACCUUCACCAAUGAGAGUCAAACUUACUGCUGCCAAUAUUUGUUUUAACCAUUAAGCAGAGACGUUGUUUUUGACUUGUGGCCCAGGUUUGUGUGGCCGACGAUCACCUGCAAAGGUAACGCCGGCACAUCACUGAUGGUGACAUUUGUUUGGAAGCAGAUUGUUUGAUCACAAACAUAAAGCCAGAGUGAUUUUUUUUUUCUCUUCUUUUGGAAAGUGAGAUCCAGAAUUUCUGUCAUCUCCAACAUUUUUCCAAAUGGGCAAUAUUUAACAAAAAUACAAAGUCAAAAAAAGAAACUGUAUGCUUCCAAAGGAAUGUCUUUACACCCAAAGAGUGAGGAAUUGUUAAGGAUUUGUAUUUUUAAAGAAUGUAUAAUGUGAAAAUGUUUGCUUAUGCUUGUUUCAUAUGAAAUAUAAUAACUUUCUGAAUUGAGAGCAAUAUAAUACUAAUAAAACCUUAUCCUUGUCACGGA